CACUUAACGAGAAAGAAGAAAUACUAGCACGAUAGUACUGCGACUUGGUAAUCGCACACACACGAGAUUUUUUUUCUGUGAAGUCUUUUUCAUUUCACAAAAUUUCUGGAAAAAACAGUCAAUAAAUUGUCCUUUUAGUCAAGUUAAAUUACUGAAAAAAACAGUGCCUAAAAUAAUGCAAAUAUUUGCAGUGGAGUGAAUAAGAGGGAUUUACUGAGUAUUUUCUGGCUAGAGAUACGGGAAAAUAGGAUUUAGAGGAAGGAAAGAUGUCUGAGAAGAAUUUUAGUCGAUCGGAAAAUUCAGCACCGCAGCCAAUUGUGAAAAUUGGUCACUAUUUGCUGGGGAAUACACUGGGAAUAGGGACAUUUGGGAAGGUUAAAAUUGGUGAGCAUCAACUGACGAAGCACAAAGUUGCCGUGAAAAUUCUAAAUCGGCAGAAGAUCAAGAGUCUGGAUGUGGUGGGAAAGAUCCGGAGGGAGAUACAGAAUUUGAAAUUGUUCAGGCAUCCGCAUAUUAUUAAGCUGUACCAGGUUAUUUCAACACCAACUGAUAUCUUUAUGAUAAUGGAAUAUGUGAGUGGUGGGGAAUUGUUUGACUACAUUGUGAGGCAUGGGAAAUUGCAGGAGCAUGAAGCGAGGAGAUUUUUUCAGCAAAUUAUCUCAGGAGUUGAUUACUGUCAUCGGCAUAUGAUUGUCCAUCGGGAUUUGAAGCCGGAGAAUUUACUCCUGGAUCACAAUAUGCAUGUGAAAAUUGCAGAUUUUGGCCUUUCGAACAUGAUGCUCGAUGGGGAAUUCUUGAGGACAUCAUGUGGUUCUCCGAAUUAUGCAGCUCCGGAAGUUAUUUCCGGAAAGCUCUAUGCUGGUCCUGAGGUGGAUAUUUGGUCCUGUGGAGUUAUUCUCUAUGCCCUGCUCUGUGGAACACUUCCGUUUGACGAUGAGCACGUUCCUACACUCUUCCGGAAGAUCAAAUCGGGCAUCUUUCCCAUUCCUGAGUAUCUCAAUAAGCAAGUGGUCAGUCUUCUCUGUCAGAUGCUGCAGGUUGAUCCACUCCGGAGGGCUACAAUUGAGGAGAUCAAGAAGCACGAUUGGUUCCAGAAGGAUUUACCGUCAUAUCUCUUUCCGUCGCCCGUGGAGCAGGACAGCAAUGUCAUUGACACGUACGCCGUGACGGAAGUCUGUGAGAAGUUUGGAGUGAAAGAAAGUGAAGUGCACAAUGCCCUGCUCAGUGGUGAUCCUCAUGAUCAAUUGGCCAUUGCGUACCAUUUGAUAAUUGACAACAAACGAAUUGCCGAUGAGGCAGCAAAGGCGGAAAUUAAAGAUUUCUAUGUGGCCGGAAGUCCGCCUCCAGUCAACAUUGUUCCCAGUGAGAAGCAGGAGAACCACGGUGCAUCAGCAUCUAGGCCACAUCCAGAACGAAUUGCACCGCUGCGAGAACGCGUUCUGGCCAAUACAGCAACGUACCAGGGAACAGAUAAAUCCCGUGGGACUCCAGUAAAGCGCGCCAAAUGGCAUCUUGGCAUCAGAUCCCAGAGUAAACCCAAUGAUAUCAUGCUGGAAGUGUACAGAGCCAUGAAGGCACUGGAUUUCGAGUGGAAAGUCAUCAAUCCGUAUCACGUAAGAGUCCGGAGGCAGAAUAAAUCCAGCGGGAAGUAUGUAAAGAUGUCCCUGCAACUCUAUCAAGUUGAUGCAAAAUCCUUCCUGUUGGACUUCAAAUCCCUCACGAGCGAUGAAGUUGAGCAGGGAGAUGAUGUUAUCAUGGACCUUGAAAGUAUGACACCUCCAACAAAUUUAUCCGGAUCCUUCAAUCCAAUCUUCCCUCAGCAGUGCACAGGACAUCAUACAAUGGAGUUCUUCGAGAUGUGUGCAGCUCUUAUAAUUCAAUUAGCGCGCUAAUAUAUCAAAUAGGCUACCUUAGAAGCUUUCCUGUUACCCAUAAAAUAUCUCUAGUUAGUCAUUUGUGCUUUUUUGGCCAAUUAUGUGCAUAUAUAAAUCUGCAAAAAGCUCUUUGAGAGGAAAUAAAUUUUCGGUUGAUAACGA